AUGUCUGAUAUUACAAUUACAAUAAAAGCUUCUGGUGAUAAGAAAUAUGAAAUUACUUUUGAUCCAUCAAUUACUGUUGCUAAUUUAAAAGAAAAAAUUGGUGAAAUUGCUGAUAUUCCUGCUUCAUCUCAAAGAUUAAUUUAUUCUGGUAAAGUUUUAAAAGAUCAAGAACAAGUAUCAACUUAUAAAGUACAAAAUGGUCAUAGUAUACAUUUAGUAAAAUCUGCUACGAAAACAGAAACACCUGCUGCUUCUACUUCACAACCACAACAACCAUCAUCUACGCAAUCUGUUCCUUCAAAUAUAUCUGCUGGUCAAGGUUCUUUUAAUCCUUUAGCUGAUUUAACAGGUGCUAGAUAUGCUGGUUAUAGUCAAUUACCAUCUGCUUCAAUGUUUGGACCAGAUGGAGGAAUGAAUUCUAAUUUGCCUGAUCCUGAACAAUUAACAUCAAUGAUGUCAAAUCCUUUAUUUCAAGAACAAAUGAAUGCAAUGUUAUCAAAUCCUCAAAUGUUAGAUUUUAUGAUUCAACAAAAUCCUCAAUUAAGAGCAUUAGGUCCACAAGCUAGACAAAUGUUACAAUCUCCAUUUUUUAGACAAAUGUUGACAAAUCCAGAAAUGUUAAGAUCAGCAAUGGAAAUGGGUAGACAGCAAGGUGGAGCAGGUGCUACUCCAAGCUUUCCAGCUCCAGGUGGUGCUAGUAAUGAUACAGAACAAGAUACAAAUACUAACCCACCACCUGAAAUACCAAAUUUUGCUAAUUUAUUCGGCGGAGCAAAUUUAUUUGGUGGUGCUCAACCUCCAGCAGAUAAUAGACCACCAGAAGAAAGAUACGAAUCACAAUUAAGACAAUUGAAUGAUAUGGGUUUUUUUGAUUUUGAUAGAAAUGUAGAAGCAUUAAGAAGGACAGGUGGAAGUGUUCAAGGUGCUAUUGAAUAUUUGUUAAAUAAUUAA